AUGCGGCUGCGCGGAAACGGCUGCGCGGAAACGGCUGCGCGGAAACGGCUGCGCGGGAACGGCUGCGCGGGAACGGCUGCGCGGGAACGGCUGCGCGGGAACGGCUGCGCGGGAACAGGUGCGCGGGAACAGGUGCGCGGGAACAGCUGCGCGGGAACAGCUGCGCAGGAACAGCUGCGCAGGAACAGCUGCGCAGGAACAGGUGCGCAGGAACAGCUGCGCAGGAACAGCUGCGCAGGAACAGGUGCGCAGAAACAGCUGCGCAGAAACAGCUGCGCAGAAACAGCGGCGCAGAAACAGCGGCGCAGAAACAGCGGCGCAGAAACACUCUAUAGCCUCCGUGAAGUCUCAUCAGAAAAUCAGAAGCGGCUGCGCGGAAGCGGCUGCGCGGAAGCGGCUGCGCGGGAGCGGCUGCGCGGGAGCGGCUGCGCGGGAGCGGCUGCGCGGAAGCGGCUGCGCGGAAGCGGCUGCGCGGAAGCGGCUGCGCGGAAGCGGCUGCGCGGAAGCGGCUGCGCGGAAGCGGCUGCGCGGAAGCGGCUGCGCGGAAACGGCUGCGCAGAAACGGCUGCGCAGAAACGGCUGCGCAGAAACGGCUGCGCAGAAACGGCUGCGCAGAAACGGCUGCGCAGAAACGGCUGCGCAGAAACGGCUGCGCAGAAACGGCUGCGCAGAAACGGCUGCGCAGAAACGGCUGCGCAGAAACGGCUGCGCAGAAACGGCUGCGCAGAAACAGCUGCGCAGAAACAGCUGCGCAGAAACAGCUGCGCAGAAACAGCUGCGCAGAAGCAGCUGCGCAGAAGCAGCUGCGCAGAAGCAGCUGCGCAGAAACAGCUGCGCAGAAACAGCUGCGCAGAAACAGUGCGCAGAAACAGCUGCGCAGAAACAGCUGCGCAGAAACAGCUGCGCAGAUACAGCUGCGCAGAUACAGCUGCGCAGAAACAGCUGCGCAGAAACAGCUGCGCAGAAACAGCUGCGCAGAAACAGCUGCGCAGAAACAGCUGCGCAGAAACAGCUGCGCAGAAACAGCUGCGCAGGAACAGCUGCGCAGAAACAGCUGCGCAGAAACAGCUGCGCAGGAACAUCUGCGCAGGAACAGCUGCGCAGAAACAGCUGCGCAGAAACAGCUGCGCAGAAACAGCUGCGCAGGAACAGCUGCGCAGGAACAGCUGCGCAGGAACAGCUGCGCAGGAACAGCUGCGCAGGAACAGCUGCGCAGGAACAGCUGCGCAGAAACAGCUGCGCAGAAACAGCUGCGCAGAAACAGCUGUGCAGAAACAGCUGCGCAGAAACAGAUGCGCAGAAACAGCUGCGCAGAAACAGCUGCGCAGAAACAGCGGCGGACAAACAGCGGCGCAGAAACAGCGUGAAGUCUCAUCAGAAAAUCAGAAACAGCUGCGCAGAAGCGGCUGCGCAGAAGCGGCUGCGCAGAAACGGCUUCGCAGAAACGGCUGCGCAGGAACGGCUGCGCAUAAGCGGCUGCGCAGAAGCGGCUGCGCAGAAGCGGCUGCGCAGAAGCGGCUGCGCAGAAGCGGCUGCGCAGAAGCGGCUGCGCAGAAGCGGCUGCGCAGGAACGGCUGCGCAGGAACGGCUGCGCAGGAACGGCUGCGCAGGAACGGCUGCGCAGGAACGGCUUCGCAGGAACGGCUUCGCAGGAACGGCUUCGCAGGAACGGCUGCGCAGAAGCGGCUGCGCAGAAGCGGCUGCGCAGAAGCGGCUGCGCAGAAGCGGCUGCGCAGAAGCGGCUGCGCAGAAGCGGCUGCGCAGAAGCGGCUGCGCAGAAGCGGCUGCGCAGAAGCGGCUGCGCAGAAGCGGCUGCGCAGAAGCGGCUGCGCAGAAGCGGCUGCGCAGAAGCGGCUGCGCAGAAGCGGCUGCGCAGAAGCGGCUGCGCAGAAACGGCUGCGCAGAAACGGCUGCGCAGGAACGUCUGCGCAGAAACGGCUGCGCAGAAACGGCUGCGCAGAAACGGCUGCGCAGAAACGGCUGCGCAGAAACGGCUGCGCAGAAACGGCUGCGCAGAAACGGCUGCGCAGAAACGGCUGCGCAGAAACGGCUGCGCAGAAACGGCUGCGCAGAAACGGCUGCGCAGAAACGACUGCGCAGAAACAGCUGCGCAGAAGCGGCUGCGCAGAAGCGGCUGCGCAGAAUCAGCUGCGCAGAAGCAGCUGCGCAGAAGCAGCUGCGCAGAUACAGCUGCGCAGAUACGGCUGCGCAGAAACGGCUGCGCAGAAACGGCUGCGCAGAAACGGCUGCGCUGAUACGGCUGCGCAGAAGCGGCUGCGCAGAAGCGGCUGCGCAGAAGCGGCUCCGCAGAAACGGCUGCGCAGAUACGGCUGCGCAGAAACGGCUGCGCAGAAACGGCUGCGCAGAAACGGCUGCGCAGAAACGGCUGCGCAGAAACGGCUGCGCAGAAACGGCUGCGCAGUAACGGCUGCGCAGAAACGGCUGCGCAGAAACGGCUGCGCAGAAACGUAUGCGCAGAAACGGCUGCGCAGAAACGGCUGCGCAGAAACGGCUGCGCAGAAACGGCUGCGCAGAAACGGCUGCGCAGAAACGGCUGCGCAGAAACAGCUGCGCAGAAACAGCUGCGCAGAAGCAGCUGCGCAGAAGCAGCUGCGCAGAAACAGCUGCGCAGAAGCAGCUGCGCAGAAACAGCUGCGCAGAAACAGUGCGCAGAAACAGCUGCGCAGAAACAGCUGCGCAGAAACAGCUGCGCAGAUACAGCUGCGCAGAUACAGCUGCGCAGAUACAGCUGCGCAGAAACAGCUGCGCAGAAACAGCUGCGCAGAUACAGCUGCGCAGAUACAGCUGCGCAGAAACAGCUGCGCAGAAACAGCUGCGCAGAAACAGCUGCGCAGAAACAGCUGCGCAGGAACAGCUGCACAGAAACAGCUGCGCAGAAACAGCUGCGCAGAAACAGCUGCGCAGGAACAGCUGCGCAGGAACAGCUGCGCAGAAACAGCUGCGCAGGAACAGGUGCGCAGGAACAGCUGCGCAGGAACAGCUGCGCAGGAACAGGUGCGCAGGAACAGGUGCGCAGAAACAGCUGCGCAGAAACAGCUGCGCAGAAACAGCGGCGCAGAAACAGCGGCGCAGAAACAGCGGCGCAGAAACACUCUAUAG